AUGCGGGUCAUUGAAGCAGCCGUGGAGUCACAGAAGGUUCAGGUUCUCCAGCAAGACACAUGGGAGACGACAGCCAAGACCUACAGUUUCCCGGUGGAUACCCACCUCUCUCAACUUACUAUUCAGGUGACCAACUACAAAACCAAUGAUUCAAUCAAAGUGGGAAUUCGAGAUCCCGAAGGUAAGCUAAUAACGAAAGAAGAUGGACUGCGACAGUUAAUGAAGACGGUACCCAAUGUGUUCGUGGCCUCCAUCGACCAUCCGACCCCGGGCACAUGGACGCUAGAGGUGAGCGCUGAGGUGAGCGGCCAGCCAAGCGUUUCGGGCGAGGAGAACCUAGGCGGUCAAUGGCACUCUGUUCGCGUGUCCGGGAUCAGUGAGAUCGACUUCGUGCCUGGCUUUGCCGCCAAUCAACUACCUUACAAUCUUGGCGCCUCACGCCAACCCAUAGCUGGCAUAAAGAAUUACUUGAUGACCAACAUAACGGGGCGCCUGAUGACCGGAAGUGUGGACGCAAUCACCCUGCGUGCACCGAACGGUACGGCUCUAGUUCGUCUGCCGGUGGAGCGAACACCGGGUAGCCAAGUUUAUGUGAGCCAGCACGCCAUGGACCCCGUGCCUGGUCAUUACUACCUCCAAGUCACAGGUCGCGACAGUCAGGGCUACACAUUCCAGCGGUACUCAAAAGUGGCCCUGCUGGCGCGGGCUGCCCGUCCCUCGGUGGUCACUUGCCCGGCAAAGUUGGAGGUCGCACGCGGUGCUACCGCCCAAAUCGCCUGCCUUGUUGACAGCGAGGUGCCCUUCAGUGUCAAGUGGUACCAGAACAACCGUCCCCUCAUCAACUUCCCUGGCGAGCACCAGAUCUUCAGUGUACCAACUAAUGUGACCUACACGCUCCAUGAUGCGAACGAGGAAUCGCAGGGCAUCUACGCGGUUGUGAUGGUUCCCACCGGAAUUGGGGUAGAAACAAGACCAGAGGGACAGGGAAGAGACGAGGUCGCUGUUGUUAUACUCCCGCCUCCGCCUACCGUGUUCAUUCCAAGAAACGCGAGCGUUGAGCCCAAUGGACUGGCGCACCUGAUGUGUACAGUCUUCUCACAGGCGGACAAGGUGGACAUUAACUGGUACCGGGGCGACAGUGUCCGUUUCAAGGUGAAGGACGGUCGCAGACAUUCAAUUCGCAUGUUGGGCGGCGGUGAGACAUCACCUGAUGGGCAGACCUUCACCAGCACCCUGCAAAUCUCAAACGUCCAGGACAGUGAUAUCGGCCAAUAUAUCUGCGAAGCAGAACAUAAGGGCGGCGUCAGUUCGGCCGUUGGAUUCGUCGUCAUUCACGUUCGACCCAGCGUUAUGGCAGAGAGUAGUCAAGUAGACUUUAAGGACGGAGGUCGUCUGGUUCUUUCCUGUCGUGUGGAGGGUCAUCCACCUCCGGAGAUUUCGUGGAGCUUCAACGAUGUGCCCAUUCCGCGUGGCGAAAAUAUGCAAAUUGGAUCAUCACGGAUAAAUAUUUUGGAUGAAUACAUGGAAUCAAGACUGAUAAUAUCGCCAGCAGAUGCCUCGGAUGCAGGACGAUACUCCUGUUUUGCGGUAAACUCGGCUGGUGAAGCGCAAGCAGACAUCAUUGCCUCAUUCAUCGCUCGCCCAGAAAUCACCCGUAUCGACAUGGCCCGAGAAAUGCCGCAGGAGGGUGAGAGGCAGACUUUGCGUUGCCUGGCCAGUGGACAGCCACCACCGCUCAUUAAAUGGGAGUUCAAUGGAAGUCCAGUCGGUGAAAGUACUAAUAUUCGCUUGAAUCAAACGACUGGAGAGUUGGAAAUCUUGCAUUUGAAACGUCAUAUGAGUGGCAAGUGGACUUGUGUUGCGGAAAACGUCGCCGGAAGCACGCGAACCUCAGUGUCCAUGGAGGUUGGGCAUAAGCCAAAGAUGGACACUGGUGCCAUGCAGGAGCGCAUUUUUGGAGACUUCGCCUCCGAUUUGGUGAUCCCCUGCAUUGUGGAUGGAAAUCCGCCACCACAAAUCAAGUGGUUCAAGCUGGUUGGAGAAAGCCAGGUUCCUGUCGCCUAUGGGAGCCGAUACACUCUUGCUGCCGACAAUUCUCUUCACAUUACCGAUCUUAACUUGGAGGAUAGCACUACAUUUGUGUGCGAGGCAUCCAACACUUAUGGCCGCGACCAGUAUCAUGUGUCAGUCGAACUUGGAGGCAUUCGUGCGCCAACCAUCUCAUACACGGAACCGCGACAGGUCGUUUUGGAGGGCAUUUCGGAGAUGAUUCUCAACUGUCCCGUCCUUGAUGCCAAGCCUGCGGCUCAGGUCACUUGGCUCAAAAAUAGUGUUGAAAUUAAUCUCUCCGACCCGCGUUACGCUCUUCUCGAUACCAGUCUCGUCAUCAGGGCAAUCGAAAUGGGAGAUGAAGGAAUUUACACUUGCGUCGCCCACAAUGUUGUUGGCAGAUCCAAAAUUGACAUCGAGUUGGAUGUACAGACAAAGCCUCGCUUCAUUGAUGACACACGCCUCACGACGGUGGAGAUCACACAGGGUAAGGUAAUGGAGCUGCAUUGCGAGGUGGAAGGCGACCCAAAACCAGAGGUGGAGUGGCGCAAGGAUGGACGCCUUGUGACACCCAAGCGUGGCUCUUCUAGUGGUGCCGGCGGUUUCAUCCUUUCCCCCGACGGCUACGUCCUCACUGUCUAUUCCGUGACCGAUGCCACCAGUGGGAUUUUUACCUGCUCUGCCAUUAACACGCACGGCGCUGUCUCAAAGGAAUUUCAGGUCACUGUAAGGACACCCCCGAGUAUCUCGAAGGAGGGAGUAGGUGAAGUGGAGAUUGCGCAGAAUGAGAUGACAUUGCUGACCUGCAUGAUAAGCUACGGUCAUCCUCAGCCAACUAUUAGGUGGUUUAAGAACGGUCAACCACUGGUUGAGAUUCCUGGUCGCGUUCAUAUUGUUGACAAUGGACAAAGUGUCGAAAUUCGAGGAGAGCGGGAAGAGGAAUCGGGUUCUUACGAAUGUAGAGCCGAAAAUGAAGUCGGUUUUGACUCCCGCUUCUACCAAGUCGCCGUCCUAGUGCCACCAACUUACACCUCUACGCACGUCCGUCGUCGCCUCUUGGUGCGUACGGGAGAGCGCGUUGACUUGGAGUGCGGAAUGUCUGGCUUCCCUGAACCCGAGAUCUUCUGGUCCUGGAAUGGCCGUCCACUGGAGGCCAAUAAACUCGAUGACCUUGGAGUGUCUAUCCGGCCACCGCGGGAGGGCACCUCACAACUCACGAUCAUGUACAUGAAUGGAGAUCUGCAGGGAAACUACACUUGCAUUGGUCGAAAUCGUGGAGGCACAACUUCGAUGGACUACGAGGUUAUUCUUUUGACUGAGCCCAAGAUAGUGGACUUUGGAGAGAGAGCCGUUGUCUUCUUGAAUAACACUAUAACACUUACUUGUGGAGCCUCGGGAACACCAAAACCAAGUAUUUCCUGGUGGUUCGAGGGGUCGAGGAUCAUUCCCUCAAUGACGCCCGGUUAUAGAAUUGUCGGUGACGGGAACCUGAUGAUCUACAAUGCGCAACGCCAUCAUGGAGGAGAUUACACCUGUAUUGCUGAAAAUGAAGCAGGACAAGACUCAAGAGUUGCAACUAUUACCGUUUUCGAGCCCUCCGCAGAGCCACCAAUAUCGCAGAAUAUCACGACAAUUACGAUGGGCGGAAACAUCACAUUCACUUGCAAGCUCACUUCGAAUCCUCCUCCCAAAAUAAAGUGGUACAAAGAUGGUGUCGACAUCUUCUCUAUCAUGCCUCAAGAUCGGUUCACGGUUUCUGCAGAUGAGUCAACCUUGACCAUCUACGACGUACAACCGGAGGAUCAGGGCCAAUAUAAAUGUGAAGCUGAAAAUAUUCCCGGGAAUUGGGAUCUCUCCUACUACCUUGAAGUCACUUCAUCGCCGGGCAUUCUGGUAGGGUCUUCGUCACGACUGAAGGAAAAAGUGCGUCAGGGUCAGGAUUUGCAUCUGAGGUGCAUAGCUAUCGGCCACCCGGAGCCGACCUAUCAGUGGCUGAAGGACGAUACUCCCAUCGCUUCCACCAGCAUCCCUAUGGGGGCGGGCCAGUCGGACAAGAGAGUGGAGAUCUCCACAGUAAGCAAGCGCUAUGCCCUGCAUGACCAGGGUCGCGAGCUCGUGGUUUUUGCUGCCAAGCCCGAGGACUCCGGCUCCUACACUUGCAUCGCCACCAACGUCGUUGGACGUGAUCGACACACUAUGCAGGUCGCCGUCAUCGCCAAACCCUUCUUCGUGGAUGGCUUGGAUCAUGAGACUCCAGAGGUGAUUCGUGGAGAAUCAGCCCUUCUCUGGUGCAAUGCCUCUGGUUUCCCACAGCCCAAGAUAAAAUGGUCCACGCACGAAGGCGAGGUCGACCAAAGAAACGCAAACAUUCAGAUACAAAGCGAGGGACGAGCACUGUUCAUUGCUAAUGUGACACAGGCCAGUGCCUCUCGCUACACUUGCACUGCUACCAACGAUGCUGGCGAGGCCAGACGUAUCAUUGACCCUGUCAUUGUUUAUGCUCCUGUGAUCAUUAGCCAUGAAGGCGAAAACCCACGGCCGGUGGUCCGAAAUGGAGAAACGCAACUUUCCUGCGACUGGGACGCCUAUCCGGACGCCAAGGUUGAGUGGUUCAAAGGUGGUGAACCGAUUAACGGCUACGAUUUUCCCAGGGCCAACUUUUCCAUUCGGAACACUAUGCUUUAUCUGCACAACGUAGAGGCCGAGGACGCAGGAAUAUAUCGUUGUGUAGUCUCCAACAGAUUUGGUAGUACAAAACGCCAGUGGAAUGUCCUAGUAAUGAGCCCACCCAGAUUCUUAUUCACAAGUGAGGAGGGAACACAGGGUGUGCCUCUGGGCGGCAGUGUGGCUCUCUUCUGUGUGGCUGAAGGCGAGCCAAAGCCAAUGAUUAAGUGGACCAAAGACGGCGCCCCCAUUACUGAGGCUCAGGGUCGUUUCCAAAUCUCCGAUGAUGGCGUCCACCUCCGGCUGCCUGCAGCGGAGGAAAACGACGCAGGUCGCUACUCCUGCAUCGCCUCCAGUCCUUACGGUGAAGUCAGCAAGCAUUUUGACAUCAAGGUCAUUUACGCUCCACGUCUGGAUGGUGACGGACAGCGACAGUAUAGCAUUGAACGUACUGUGGGAAGUAGUGUAAUUCUCGAAUGCCUCGUAAUAGGCAACCCAACACCGUCAAUUGAGUGGUACAAAGACGGUAGCAAACUGGAGCCACUUCCUUACCGCUAUCGCCUCCUCAACCAGAAGCGCGAGUUAGAGAUAUUGUCCAUUCAGCCGGUGGAUGCCGGACGCUUCCGAUGCGUUGCUUCUAACGAGGUCGGUUCUUUAGAAGUCAGCGUCGACUUGACAGUUGGAGCACCACCUAGGAUUGAUAGAGGUCGCCUGCGGAGUGAGUACGUGGUAAAGGAGGGCGACGAGUUGGUAUUGCCCUGCCCAGCCACGGGUUCGCCAGACCCACGCCUCUCCUUUACUCGCAGUGAGCUUGACCCCACUACCCAGACGGUGGUCGAACGUCCUCUGGGCGAACAAGGAACCGCCUCCGACAAGGAUUCCCUAGUCAGGCGUGCCGUUGUCUCUCAGGAUCGUCAAGCAUUGACAAUUUUCCGAGUUCAAAAGAGUGAUGCUGGUACAUAUCAGUGCAACGCAAGCAACGAGAUUGGAUGGGACACGAUGAAAUAUACAGUUCGUGUAAGAGGUGAGGCCAUUUCCUCUUUGAAGAUCGCGGUGAAAAUCUACAGACCGCCACUGAACAAAGCUAAGAAAGUCGUAAUUGCUGGUGAUUUGAUUGUCUUGCAAUGUUUGCAUCAAGUGCCACCGAGCUUUGACACAUCAAACAUGCAGCCAGAAGUGCAGUGGUUUGUCAACCAGACGCGCUUUCUUGACUGUCCUCUACAUGGUUUCGCUGAUCCCCCACCGUUGCUAACGUGGGAAAGGCACGGGAUAUCAGUAGUCAGCGGACCAGCAAUCCAGAUCUCAGCCGACGGCUCCCGGCUCACUGUGCCCCGUGUCAGCCUCUCUGACGCCGGUGACUAUAAAUGCAUCGCCUCCAACGAGGUCGGACGCACCUCGCAGACCUUCCAUGUUCUUGUUCAUGUCCGUCCUCGAUUCGUGGAUCCAAUGAGAAAGAUCAACAUUGAGGCAAUUCAGAAUCAGACGAUAUACAUGUCCUGCGAGGCCACAGGAGACCCGCCGCCUCGAGUCACCUGGUUUAAGCGUGAUGUGGAGCUUUUCCCACCCGGUUCCUUCCUUACCAGCAGUUCAACCCAGGACUCACACAAGACUGUGAUGCCCCUUCAGGGUGAUCAGAUCCUCCAAAUUACCAACGUCCAGAAGAGCGAUGCUGGGGAUUACGCCUGCAUGGCCUCCAACGGUGGCGAGGCUAUUGAAAAGAAAUUCAACCUCACCGUUAUCAUGCCACCAGUGAUUCUAAAGCCGCAGGGCUCUCCCGAGGUUCAUUCGACACGCGAGUACGUACCUGAGACGUUCCACUGCCUCAUCCGCGAUUACAACAGCACCCAGCCAGAGAUUGUGUGGACGAAAGACGGGUCGCCGAUCCUCAUGUCGGAGGAUGGGGACUACUUUGUGGUGCAAGACAGUGGACAAGUGCUCACUGUGGUUCGCCCUACCUCCAGCGAGAGCGGUACCUAUCGCUGUGAGGCUAAAAACAAAGCCGGUGUUGACAGCCAUCAUUUCAAACUCAUUGUCACUGCGGCUCCCCGCUUUCCAACUGACUUUGUACGCUAUCGAGAGAAGUUAACGCAGCAGAUAGGCUCGCAGGUACGCCUUACCUGCCCUGUGACGGGGUCACCACCACCAGUGGUGACAUGGUAUUACAACGGCUCACCCCUACUACCGUACACAGUGCCCUCCCAUUAUUCAUUUGAUAUGGACAACCGAGUGUUGAAUUUCAUUUCUGGACAGAAAGACUCGGGCGAGUACCGCUGCAUUGCCCACAACGAGGCGGGCAAUAUCUCCAAGACAUAUGAGCUGGAAAUCAUCAUGCCUCCACUGGUGCGUCUGGAUCGGGCCGAGAUGCGCGAAAGGGAGGGGUCGACGUUCACUGUGCAAUGUAUUGCCGAGGGCCAUCCACCGCCGAAAAUUGAGUGGACUCGUAGUACUGGUGGUCUUUUCAGAAUCGGUACAAAUGUCGAUCUUGCUACUGGUAUAUUGACAAUCACAGACGCUCGAAAAGAGGACACGGGAGUAUACACGUGUACAGCCACGAACAAGAUCAGCAGUGACUCGAAGACCGUUGAUAUUCAAGUAAUAGAACGUCCUCUUAUCCAGACUACAACUGCUCCAGUUGUUGUGAACGAAGGCGAUCAAGUGGUUCUGCCUUGCACCGUCACUGGAACUCCGCCAAUUCAAGUGCAUUGGCGACUGCCUUCUGGUCAACAGAUUACACAGGAUGAGAUUCUUGGGUUUCAGGUUCUUCCCCAACAGGGCCUCUUGAUCGAAAGUGCGACAAGAACCCAUGCUGGUCUCUACAGAUGUUCAGCUAGCAACGAAGCCGGAAGCCAGAAUGCUGUAAUAAGUCUUGAGGUCUUGGUGCCCCCGAAACUCGUGCGGCCCGCAACAAUUGAAGCCUCAGGCAAAAUGAACUCAGUUCUGCAACUCAACUGCGAAGUUGAGGAGGGUAUUCCAAAACCUAUUGUCAUUUGGGAGCGCAACGGAGUCUCCUUCAGUCGUACCAAGAGCUUCUACACCACCACAGAUUCAGGCCUCUUCAUUUUUAAUGCGCUCAAGCCUCAGGAUGAAGGAGAGUGGAUUUGCGUAGCUAGAAAUCCUGCUGGUGAGGAUCGACUUGCCUUCAAUGUUAUUGUCAGCACCCCACCACGCGUCUCGAUGUCGUUGUCAAGUGUCGGAUAUGAAGGUCAGUCAAUUACCCUUGAUUGCCAGGUUGAAGGCAAACCAAUCCCGGAAGUGGUUUGGGAGUUCAAAAAUGAGCCUGUUGGUAUGACUUUUGGCUCGAGAGCUAGACUUGACUCGCCCACUCGCCUUACAAUCCAUAAUCUUCAGCCAGAAGAUGCUGGAAACUACUUCUGUAUUGCAAGCAUACCUGGCCAGGAUCGAGUUAUGGACUCCACUUACUUGACUGUUUUUACCAUUCCGACCUUUGUGAGUACACCAAACCGCACCAUAGAUGCUUUUGAAGACAGAUGGAUUCAGUUCCGUUGCACUGCAGAUGGUCAUCCGAAGCCUGAGAUUAAGUGGACUUUCAGAGGCAACAUGAUUGGAAGCAACCCCAGCCACAAUGGCAUCGGGUCGCUAAUCAUCGGCCCACUGAGGGAAUCGCAUUCGGGUCAGUACGCUUGCAUUGCCACCAACGAUGCCGGCAAGAAAGAGCACACUUUUCAAUUCACCGUAAAAACUCGACCAAAAGUCCACAUGUACCAGUCAGACGAAGCUAUACGAACCAAUGAGAUGGCACGACUCUACUGCAAUGUUAGCGGCGAUGCUGAUUCAAUCGUUUGGCUGAAAGACGGCAUUCCAAUCAAGAGUGACCAGCGUGUCAACAUUGAAAAUGACGGCUCUAGUCUAGUCAUAAGUAUGGCGCGGUCGGUCGACAAUGGCGUGUACCAGUGCAUCGCGGCCAAUCCGGUGGGUGAAGAUCUAGGCGAACUGAGGCUUGUGAUUGAGAGCAAACCACAAUUAGUUAAGACACCCGCCAAUUCCACGGCCUCUCUGGGCGAAAUCAUCACUCUGGAGUGCCAAGCAGAGGGUCACCCAACACCAAUCAUCUCAUGGUACCACAACAAUGUCACAGUACGAAUGAGUUCUACACACUCCAUCAUUCGCAACGGUUCACUCCGAAUCGUUGGCGUAAGCGAAAAGGAUGAGGGCAUCUAUCACUGCGUGGCGUCUUCGUACCAGGGCGAGGUGAUCUCCGAUCCUGCAACGAUCCAAGUUCAGAUUCCGGGUGGGUGGUCCGAAUGGAUGCCAUGGCAGCCUUGUAGUGCCACCUGUGGUCGUGGAGUUCAAAUGCGUGGGAGGUUGUGCGAAUCGCCGGCGCCUAGGAACGGUGGUGCCUACUGUGUAGGUGAGAAUGCCGAGACGCGGGCAUGCUUGCAGGCCUUUUGUCCGGUGGACGGGGUGUGGGGCAGCUGGGGUCCCUGGAGUGCUUGCUCCUCCACAUGCGGCGCCGGUCUUCGCCACCGCAGUCGCAAAUGCGACUCUCCGCCUCCUGGCAAUGGUGGCAAGCCAUGCCCCGGUGAAGCGAUGGAGGACGUCCUCUGUGAGGAUCUACCCCUGUGUCCGGUCAAAGGAGGCUGGUCCUCGUGGGGUCCUUGGUCCAGUUGUUCACGAACCUGCGGUGCCGGUAGCACCCAACACCGCGAGCGAAAAUGCGACAUGCCCCCGCCAGCCAACGGUGGUCUUCUUUGCAUCGGACCCGAGAGCCAGGUGCGAGCUUGCGAGAGAAAGCCCUGCCCUAUCAACGGUAGUUGGGGUCAAUGGAGUGCCUGGUCUCACUGCUCCAAGAGCUGUGGUGGUGGAAUUCGACGAAGAACGCGUCAGUGUAACAAUCCCUCACCACGAUUUGGCGGAGCACCCUGCCAACCUCAGGGAGGCGAUAGCGAAACUACCGAAUGCCAGGAAAACCCCUGUCCAGUCAAUGGAGAAUGGUCCAACUGGUCCUCAUGGUCGGCUUGUGUCGGGCGGUGCGGCGUAGGCAUACAGUCACGCACUCGUACCUGCACGGAGCCAGCACCGUCCUACGGAGGACAUCUGUGCCGCGGAAGCGCUAAGGAUAGUCGAACCUGCUCCCUACCCUUUGUGGAUGACAGUGAACCGUGUCCCAUUGCGUCGGGCAGUGGCGGCGGCGUUGACGCCAACUGGUCCUCGUGGUCCGCCUGGUCCGAGUGCGUGCCUGACUGCUCCUCCACCGAGGGCGAGUCUGGCGAGGGUGGUCGACGCCACCGCACACGCAACUGCAUGACUCUGCGAGACGGGAAAUAUGUCGCCGCGCAGUCCAUUCGUGAGUGCGAAGGACAUGCUGAGGAGGUAGAAAAAUGCUACCCGCCGGCGAGCGGCUCAUUAGAUUGUUUUGACCAAAAUCGGCCCUUGUUUGGCAAUCUAAUCGGUGAACUUCGUGGACGUCUGGGUGGAAAAUCUCUGGCCGGCAUCAAGAUAGUUGGAAAUUGGUCUGCAAUGUCGCCUAAGGUCACCAGUUUCCGAAUUGAUUUCCAAAACGUACCUCCUGAGCACUCGCUUUGCCUACAGGUCCUUUCGGAGAUGGCUUCCCCAGUCUUUUGGUAUGCUGCUAGAGAGAUUGAGCGCGCAUCCAAUGGCGAAUACGUGACGGGCAGAAGUGGGGAGUUCACAUGGAAUAGCCUGGGACAGUUUGCGGACGGCUCAAAUGUCCGAUUGGACUUGGUGCUGCGUCGUGUCAAUGACGAAGACUACAGCAGUGAACAGAAGUUCGUGGUGCUGCGAAUGGAGACCACCAUCAUCGGUGACUGUCCCAUUGCACUUCGACCAGACGCUGUGGAGGACAAAGACGUGCCUGCUUGGAGCGCUGGCGCUAAAGUUGAACUAAGUGACUUUAAGGAGCAGAUAGUUCAGUUAGAUCCCUCUAAAGGCAAGCUUCAUGCCUCCUCCUCGCGCACGUACGGCGUGGUAGACUGGACUAGUGGUCGUCGUCUCAUCGAGCCCUACGGCUGGAACUCCGAGGUGACUACCUCGUCUGGACGUAGACAGCGCUUCCUCUCGCAAAACCUCAUCGUAGACCGACUGUUCGUCGUUAGUGAUCCUGCCAGGGGAGUCAUCUCUCUCUCUGCCGAUACUGCGAUCUCAAAAGUCAGCGGUGCUGUCUGCCCUGAAGGGUUCGAGAUUGUCGAGGCGCGUAUGGAUGGAAAACGACAGCUUCUUGGUGCCGCUAACUUGGACUACUGUCGAGAUGUCAACGAGUGCUCGAGUCCAAACCUGAAUACCUGUGAUCAUAUAUGCGAGAACACGUCACCGGGUUAUAGUUGUAAGUGCCAUGAGGGCUACCGUCUAUCACCAGACGGCCGAUCCUGCCUGGAUAUAGACGAGUGCAUGGAGGGUGAAAAUGCUGGCAUUCUUGUGUGCCCCACGGGACAGCGUUGUGUCAACAAGCCGGGUACCUUCAAUUGCGUCCAGGGGUGCGGUGAGGGUCUACAGCUUUCGGCGUCUGGAGACCUAUGCGAAGACAUUGAUGAGUGUCGAUCGGGAAAGGAUGUGUGCAGCGGUCACAAAUGCGUCAACACCUACGGUGGAUACGUGUGCUCCUGCAGAUCCGGUUACGAGCUUAUCAACAAUCAUUGCCAGGAUAUUGACGAAUGUAAGAAUGGAAAGGCGCGCUGCCGAAGCAAUGAGGCCUGUGUGAAUUUGCCAGGCUGGUACGAGUGCCGUCAGGUCUGUCCCCGAGGCUACCGUUUUGCCGGCGAGAUGGCUGACGGGGUGCCAAAUUGCAUCGACAUUAACGAAUGCAGCACCAAUGAAAAUCUCUGUCCCGCGGAGGCUGUCUGCAUCAAUGAGCCCGGCUCGUUCCGUUGCCAGUGUCCAGACGGCCAACCGCCUAUUAAACACUCCUGCCUUGGUGCGUUUGGUUCUGCCGCGACUAGUCAAAACUACUCCGCCUGUCAAGUAGAGCUUGUGAGCCAGGAUUCACCUGGGAUUCUGAGUCGGCCAGAUGCGCUGAGGCGGAAAAAAGAGCUUGCGGAUAAAGGGGAGCUUCAUUUUUUAGACAUUGAUGAAUGCAACCCCGCAUACGGACCUGGCCCAUGCCAAUACGAAUGCCAUAACACUUACGGCGGAUAUCGCUGUUCCUGUCCUCUCGGCUACGAACUUAAUCCUUUGACCAACCUUUGCAAAGAUACAAAUGAGUGCAAGACUUCAGCAAAUACCUGCAAGAAGGGCGAACUGUGCAUUAAUACUCCAGGAAGUCAUAUAUGCAUAAAGCCAGAUUGCCCUGAGAGUUACCAGUGGGAUGAUAAAACCCAAUCCUGCAGAGUUCUGUGCACGGAGAGCGAUUUGCCCUGCCCGAAGGGGGCUAGAUACGCCGACUCAGUGCAGUACAUUUCUGUGAGCAUCCCUAGGACGAAUGGCACCAUCGGUCGAAACAUUAUGCUUCGUGUGGUCGAUUGGAAUCAGGUGCAGCAAGGCAACUGCCAUUACCAAUUGCUGGAUAAGGCCAGCGGUACACCUGUGAGUCACAGAUCAAAGAAUGGCGUCGUCUACCUUAUACCCGACUGGACCUCACCGGCAUUUGCGGACCCCGGGUCGAAAGUUAUACAUGCUAGUUUGAACCAGUCCGCUCCUGCCCUGUACUAUCUCUUCUUCAGGGUCUCUUGCUACGAGGGUUUGCCCUGGUACACGACCACGAAUUCCCAAGACUUUGACGUCUACCCUGUUGGCCGACAGCUUCAACAGGUCUCAUACAGGGAUGACUCCAAACUCAUCUUUCAGCAUUCGUUCUACGUCUACAUCUCCAUCUCUAAUUACCCCUUCUAA